AUGUUCCUCAAAAGAAAGUCAAGGAAGCAAAGAAUUACAGACUUUUACAAGUCGUCUGAAGAUGCCUCUCCCUUAUAUACUGCUAUCUGCAACGAUGAUCGUCACAAAGUUCAAGAUCUAAUCACGUCCUCUCCAACUCUACUACAAGAUGACGAUGGAUACGGUACGCCACUUCAUAUCGCUAUUUUCUGCGAUAGCCUUGAGGCAGUGGCCCUACUUCUAGACGCUGGUGCCGAUCCCUUGGCUCCUUCAAGCGGUACAGAUGAUCGAGCUAAUGCGCUUACGAUUGCUGGGAGGGAGGGCAAACAACCUUUUUUAUACCAGCUCUUGAAACGCGUCAAACCAACCCAGAAUUCUCACAUCUACAAGGACCUUCAGUACUGUUUCCUCGAGUCUGCAGCUUGGGGUCAAGUUGCCAGUGUCGCUAAUCUUAUGGAUUGGUGGGACGGCUGGACUCUAGAGACAAAGGAACGAGCCCUCAAUAGUGCUGCUCAGCGCUGGAAAAUUUACGUUGCAGAAUUUCUCAUCUCAAAGGUCAAGUUUGAACAAAAGGCCUUGGAUAGCGCACUUUCAUAUGCGAUAGAUUACAAAGUCUAUAUGAACUCUACCAAUGAGUACCGUAUCGAUUACGAAGGUGUCGAUUACUUCGAGCAGCAGCAGCUAAUCAAGCUUCUCCUCCACGCUGGAGCUAACCCCAACGCCAAGCACUUUGGGAUCCCUCUUGUUAUCUACGCUGCUCAGAACAUAAACUUGAUUGGUGCUCUGAACGUCCUCCUAGAAAAUGGGGCCGAUCCCAAUACGACAGACAACAAGGGAAGAACGGCUUUGCAUCAUCUCGGCGGCGCACAAUCCCUUCGUCAAGGAGCCUUCGCACGUCGCGUUCAUGAGGCGGGGAUCCGACUCCUUCUCGGCCACAAAGCUUCCGUCCUUCAGAAAGACGAGUCUGGUGCUAUGCCUAUUCAUGAGGCAGCAUAUGGAACGAAUUUGAGGCUUCUUUUGCUGCAGUUGUUCACUCUUCCCAACGAGGCGGAUCGAUAUGGCGCUAUCCGAUCUACUAACAAAUAUGGUACAACUCUUUUGCAUUACGCAGCUGCUGGCGCUAAGCUCGAUGUUAUCGAGUAUCUUGUUUCUCAAGGUCUCGACAUCAAUCAAGCCAACGCCAACGGCUGGACACCAUUGAUGUGUGCUUUGGUUCCAACAUCAUCUGGCUUCUCUGAAGAUGGUAAAUCAAAAAGCAUUUCCGAAGCUAUCCAAGCUGGUCAAAUUCUACUCGAUCACGGAGCUGACCCGCUGGUAACAACCGCCGAGGGGUGGACACCACUGCAUGCGCUCUCACUCUUUAUUACUCGAGACGUGAGCAGAAAGGUCUCAGCUGCAAUCGCCGAGCUUAUCUCAAGAGGCGUCGACCCUAACGCCUGUGCGAUCUUCCCAACUGCGACUGGUCGCAGCCAUCCUGCCCCGCCUGGUUCUUACUGGGGAUACAAGCUCAAUCAAAUGAUACAAGAGCCUGAUAAGUACGGCAUAGCACUGGUGAGACAAGGUUAUACACCACUUCAUUUUGCAGCCGCAAAAGGAUCGGUAGGUAUGGCGAAGGCUUUGUUGGCGAAUGGAGCUGACCCAUCAUGUCGAGACGCAACGGGGAACUCGGCUGCCAAGAUAGCUAAGUAUACGUGGUAUCUUGAGGGCCUAGCGGAGACGCGUGAUGUGAUGCUAAAGUUGCUGAAAGAUGCUGUUGACUCUAUGGAUUGA